AUCCUGGCGCGUCCCUGCCGUGCGACCCCUAAAACACAGUCAGCGCAGCGAAAUUUCCCUCCCUGAGCUGAGCCUGCCCACCCCGGAACUCAUCAGGUUUAUAUAAGCCCCCCGAUCGCUACACGCACGCACACCCGCAGUCGCGCACCUUCGCUGUAGCAAACAACCCGCUCGGAAGAUGGACUCGUCGAAAGCCCGAUCCGCCGUUGGGAAGCAGGCGGCGCAGUAUGACUCACCCGAGCAGCUCCUCGACGUCUUCAAGGCCGCAGCGCUCUCGGUCACCAAACUCUACAAGACUUCCGCCAAGGCCGAAGCUCGCGCGCGCACAGAUGGAUACCAGGAGUGCUUGGACGAGCUGCUCAUGUUCCUCGAUAAGGAAAAUAUUGGCUUGGACGAUGGAGAGGGGUGGAGGAUCAGGAGAUGGGCCACGGAAAGGCUGGACGGUCGGGACGCGGCACAGCAGAGCGCGGAGAGCGAGGAUGAGACCGACAAGGGCGAGAGGAAUGCGUCUCCCGAGAUUGCUAGAGCCAGUACUGAACCAUCCACCUCGUCACCAAUUCAGAUCCAAACGCGAACCGUUUCUCCCCCGGCCGCCGUCCCCGUCCAUGUCUCUCCGAUGAGCGAAGAGCCAACACACUUUGUUGUGCCCACGCAAGAAGCCUUUACGUUCCAUUCGUCAUAUCCGAACAUCGCCACCUUGGAUUUAUCAGAUCAACGACCGCAGGAGCCGCCCUCUUUCUCACCCGCAUUCAGUUCCAAAUUUGGAGGUAGCUCUUCCAGAGGCGGCCCUCGGACCUCAUCACAUCUCAGUCGAGGGGCCGGAACGAAACGAAGGAUGGACUUUGACGACUUCUUCGGCGGCUGCCUAGGGGGCAAAGACCCCCUGGGCAACGGAAACAAGCGCAGUCGACACACAUGACCGCCUGCAACUUCAAGACAACAUAUCUUCUUUGUUCAUUAUUUUUUCUACCAGCGAUCACCAUGUCAGUCAGAGAGACUAGCACGCCGCAUAUUUGAUAUACAUCGGACGGGAACAUAGGGCAACUGUGGGACAUGGCAGGGAGGUAGCAUAGAUGUCAGGGGCGUUAUAACAUUUUU